AUGGUCCAAAACGGUGCUUGGAAAACGACGACCAAAGUCAGUCCAGACACGAGUGUGCUUCGCAAACUUGGGUUUGCCUUGACUAUGCCGGAUGCCCCUGCAGCAGCCUUGCAGCAAGUGGGUUUGGCAGGCAUCAGCAAUGCAAUUGCUGCUUGCUUCACAAACCCGGUCGAUGUGGUGAAGGUGCGCAUGCAGUUGGCGGGCGUCUCCCAGAUCACAAGCUGCAACGCCCAGACGGUGCUGGGCGCCGGCCGAAAACUCUGGCAGCAGGAGGGCCCCGCUGGCUUGCAGCGAGGGCUGCGACCGUCAAUUCUGCGAGAGCUGUCCUACAGUGGCAUGCGCAUGGGCCUCUACGAGCCCGUCCGUGAGACGCUGGCAGGUAGAGGAGGCCAACAGGAGAAGAGGCAAAGAACUUCACCGCUGUUGGUCAAGAUCCUGGCUGGGGCAAUUACAGGUGCCAUCGGCUCCGUGAUUGCGAAUCCAUUCGACCUGCUCAAGGUGCGAAUGCAAGGAGGAGGCAGGGUUUCUGUGACCGAAGAAUUCUCCAGCAUCGUCCGGGGCGGAGGAAUUGCCGGGCUCUGGCGCGGAGCCGGCCCCACUGUGCAAAGGGCAACUUUGCUCACGGCCUCCCAGGCCAGCGGAACACCGGAAGCUCUGGGCAACAGUUGGGCAACAGCUCGCAAGCUUGAUUCAUCUCUUCAGGUGCCCAGCUAUGACCAUGCCAAGCACACGCCCCCUGCAUCAAACUAUUUACUGAAGUCUUUAAAGGGCAGGGCAAUGUUUGGUGGCUUCCUCGUGUUCAAUGCGGACACCGGCGCUCCGGUGUUCCACCGGCGUUUCGAGUUGGGCUUCGGUCUGCCGAUUGCGGAGCGGCAGCCUUCGUUGGCCGACCCUGUGGGCUUGGCGCUGCAGCUCUUUGCCUUCAGCCGCUUCUCAGACGGGUUGCCUAGUGCCCCCAAGCUCGAGUCCCUCCGCUUCGGCCGCGCGGGCACCGUGGGCGACAUCUUUCUGGCCUCGGCAUCGCUGCCCGAUCCCAUCGCAAAAGAUGCGACGUUGCGCCUCACACUGGUGGUCUUCGGGGAUCUGUCGGCAAAACUCGGAUCUCGGCUCUCUCAGAGCCUUCUGCAAGACUUCGCGGAGGAGAAUGUGACUUCGAUCAAGGUCUUGCACCCAGAACAACACACGGAGCCGUCCCCGGGCAAGACCACCUGGCAUUUCCAUACCCUGGAUUCAUCUCUGGAGUCUGUGGUCGACUGGCUCGCAGAUGAUGUCGCACGAGCUUUGCCAAACCUCCCCCCUUGGCUGUGUGUGCUACGCUUCGAUCAGGAAAAGACGAGGAACAAGCUCAACAUUGGUCAUGUCGAAGUAGGCACCCCUCGUCCACCUGCUGAGCCACCGGCGAGUGCGCGUGGGCGCCCGAAGUCAUUUGCUCGCCGGCUUCUUCAUCAGUUCCAAGGACUUGCAAGCGCGGCCACGGGCACGCCGAGAGCAAAAUCCGAGGAUACCAGGGUCAAGAAGUCAGCGAGCGAAAACGACGGAGAUGUCGUCCGUGGUCAACCUGCGAAGUGGCUGGGCCGAGGCCCAGGCACAUCAGGUGAAACGGAAUAUUUUUCAUUGACAGCCUUCAUGUACGAAGGGCCUGAAGGCUGCGCAAAGGAGCCGCUUCCUGCCAAGACAUCGGAGCCAGUCCUUGAAGCUGCCAAAUGUUUGCUGACGCCAAAGUCGAAGGGCGCUGGCUGGACUCUGCUGGAGUUAGGUCCGGAGAGCUGGUUUCGGCACUCGUCUCAGGAUUGCCAUUUCUGUCUCGCCCUGACUGUGGGGUCAAGCAGAUCGCACAUCCUGGUUCCUUUGAAUGCCGUUCACGAGGGCACAACGAAAGAGUUGAACUCGUUAGACUGCGCGUCGCUAAAUCAGAUUUGUGCCAGCGUUCGUCGGAAGUUGGACGCGGAAGUGCAAAGCCUCAUUCUUUGGCUUUCUUCACCGGCCGGGUCCACAGCCUGUGGAGUUCGUGAAGCUGGAGCACGGCGCAGGAGCAAUUGA